UGGUUCCUUAAAGACUUCUUCUGCAGCAAUUAAUUGCAGCUCAUCUCUUUGUGAAUAAGAAGAAAGAAAUGAUACCCUUGAUUCUUUCUACAGCUUUAGUUUUCCUUCCUUUUGUUUAUACUGCUUUUCAGAUUCUUGAAAACAAAACAUUUUUAAUAUACAACGAGGAUACUAAGCUCUGUUUAAUUGUUCCAACCUCUGAAGCAGUCACAACAGCUGCUUGCAACAAAAACACUGAGUUACAAAAAUUCAGGUGGGUGUCUGAUCACCAGGUGAUGAGUGUGGCAUUUGCCCAAUGUUUGGGAGUCCCCUCUAAGCAAAACCAGGCUGAAGUUUCUCUGUACCCCUGCAACAAGAAAAGUGAUUUCCAAAAAUGGGAGUGCAGAAACACAACCUUGGCAAUUCAAGGGGAAGAUCUAUUUCUCAGUGUUGGCAAAAGAAAAGGAGACAAUAUUGUACUGAACACGGGCUCAGCAGCACCAAAUAGAUGGAAGAUCUAUGGAACCAUGGAUAAUUUGUGUUCUCAAAGCCAUGAAGAUCUGUUUACGUUGCUUGGAAAUGCCAAUGGAGCUCCAUGUGCCUUCCCCUUCCAGCUGAGCGGUAAAUGGUACACCGGGUGCACAGCUGCUGGCAGGUCAGAUGGCUUGCUCUGGUGUGCAACAACUCCCGACUUUGACGUGAACCAUUUAUAUGGGUUCUGUCCAACUGGCAAUAAUGAUAGAUUUUGGAGUGCAGAUCCUUUGACAGGAACCUACUACCAGAUAAACUAUCAGUCGGCUCUGACGUGGCACCAAGCAAAGAAGAGCUGCCAGCAGCAGAAUGCAGAAUUGUUGAGUGUCACAGAGAUACAUGAACAAAUGUAUCUAAGAGAUUUGAUUGACAACAAGAGAUCCUCUCUCUGGAUUGGACUUAACAGCCUGAAUCUCAACAGCGGCUGGCAGUGGAGCGGUAACAUUCCCUUCAGAUACUUUAACUGGGCACCAGGAAGCCCUGAGCCUGAGCCUGAGAAACUCUGUGCAGUACUAAAUCCCAGAAGAGAUGCUAAAUGGGAAAACCAUCCCUGUGAGCUGAAACUUGGCUAUAUCUGUAAAAAGGAAAACUCCACACUGGAUCCUUUCAUUCUUCCAUCAGGGGAUGCAGAGCCUGUUAAAUGCCCAGAAGGAUGGUUGCCCUAUGGAGAUCACUGUUACAUGAUUCACAGAGAUCCCAGAGUAUGGAAAGAAGCCCUAAUUUCCUGCAAUGAGAGCAAUGGCAAUCUGGCCAGUAUCCACAACCCUGAAGAGCAUGGCUUCAUACUGUCUCAGCUUGGCUAUGAAGAUGCAGAUGAACUGUGGAUUGGUCUGAAUGAUCUCAACACUCAAAUGUACUUUGAGUGGAGUGAUGGGACUCCUGUGACAUAUGCCAAAUGGUUGCCUGGAGAACCAACCCAUUCAAUCAACGGGCAAGAAGACUGCGUCAUUAUGGCAAGAGAGGAUGGAUAUUGGGCAGACAGUGCCUGUGAUAGAAAGUUAGGUUACAUCUGCAGAAGAGAGCCCCUACAAGGAGUUUCUGGAACAGUAGACACAGAUCCUGCCUGCCUGAAGGGCUGGGAAAGACAUGGUUUUUACUGCUACCUUGUUGGUCAUUCCUCUGUAACAUUUUCAGAAGCAAAGAAAACUUGUGAAAGGAGCGGUGCCUAUUUAACAAGUGUAGGAGACAGAUAUGAGCAAGCCUACCUAACCAGCCUCGUUGGUCUGAGCUCUGAGAAGUACUUUUGGAUUGGUCUCUCAGACGUGGAAGAGCAAGGGAUGUUCAAGUGGGCAACUGGUGAAAGUGUUCUAUACACAAACUGGAACGCAGCAAUGCCUGGGAAUGAGGCCGGUUGUGUUGCUCUAAGGACAGGAAAUGCAGCUGGACUAUGGGACGUUCAGAACUGUGAAGUAAAGGCAAAAUUUGUCUGCAAAAAACAAGCUGAAAAAAUCACUCUUCCACUUGCUCCUAAAACCAUUUCUGAUUCCAAAUGUCCCUUGGGUUGGGAUACAAGCAAUAGCACCAAUUCAUGCUUCAGAGUUUUUGUGAGAGAAGAAAACCAGAAGAAAACAUGGUUUGAAGCCCGAGAUUUCUGCAGAGAAACAGGAGGAGACCUGGCUGCCAUUAGAAGUGCAGAAGAGGAAACAUUGAUAGAAAACUUAAUAAUAAAAAAAUCCUCAGCAUCUGAGACUUUCUGGAUAGGUUUGCAGUGUUUGGAUCCUGAUGAUGGGCUUUUCUGGAGUGAUGGAUCCCCGGUGAAUUAUAAGAAAAAUCCAUAUUUUUACAAUGCUGCAUUUGAAUAUUGUGGAGCAAUCACAGAAGAGGUUUCCAUGUCCUGGACUAAUGUGCACUGUGAAUAUAGUCAUAACUGGAUUUGUGAAAUAAAGAAAGGAACACCCUUGAAACCAGAACCUCUGGACCCUUCUACCACAUAUGAAGUCACAGAAGAUGGCUGGAUUAUAAAAGGGGACAAACAAUAUUUUUUCAGCACAGAAAAGACCUCUAUGGAGAAAGCCAGAACAUUCUGCAAAAGCAGUCAUGGAGAUCUUGCUACAAUUGACAAUAAUAGUGAAAGAAAAUUUUUGUGGAAAUGUAUCUUAAAAAAUGGCAAAUUGGAGUCAUAUCUUAUAGGAUUAAUUCAGGAUGCUGAUCAACAGUUUAGUUGGAUGGAUGGAAGCCCAGUGCAUUAUGCAGCUUGGGCACAGGAUGAGCCCAAUUUUGCAAAUGCUCAAGAAAAUUGUGUGGUCUUAAAUAAAAAAGAUGGUUUGUGGAAUGACGUUAGUUGUGGGUUUUCAAAUGGCUAUAUCUGUGAGAGGCACAGAAGUUUUAUAAAUGCAACACUUCCUUCGGUGACACCUUCACCUCCUGGAGGAUGUCCUGGAGAUUGGCUUUUAUUUAAAAAUCAGUGCUACAAAUUUUUUGGCUCCUCCUAUGAAACUUGGAUUUCCGCAAGAAGAAAUUGUGUGAACCUUGGAGGAAACCUGGCAAGCAUACAUAAUGAACAAGUACAAGCUUUUCUCACUUACCAUUUGAAGAGUGUUUCAAAUGAUCCCUGGAUUGGCUUGAAUGAUAUACUCAGUGAACUCAACUUUGUUUGGACUGAUGGAAGUGCUGUCUCCUAUACAAACUGGGCUGCAGAUUCCCCAAAACUUGUAGAGCCUAUUUUGUUUGACAGUCUACGCCCAGAAGAUGGCCACAAUCGGCAACAGUUUGAUUGUGUUUCUCUGAAGAGAGGUCAUGCUGAUGACACAGGAAAAUGGAACAAUGAGGAGUGUUAUAAUUACAGAGGGUAUAUAUGCCAGAAGAAUAGUAAUCCUGAACUCUUUAAGUCAUCAGCAACAGUGCUGGACUUUGCUUUUGAUCAUUCCAGUGGCAUUAGCUACUCUCUCGUGCAUUCCAAAAUGAAUUGGGAGGAAGCACAGAAAAACUGCAAUAACAAUGCCUCAGAACUUGCCAGCAUUUUAAACCCAUUUAGCCAGGCACUGUUGUACUUACUUGCACAGGAAUAUGGAGAGCCUCUGUGGAUUGGUCUUAACAGCAAUGUGACCAACGGCAAGUAUCAAUGGAUCGACAGAUGGAGAUUGGUUUACAGCAAGUGGUCCAGUGGGGAACCAAAACAGACAUUAGCAUGUGUCUACCUAGACACUGAUGGCACCUGGAAGACAGCUCCUUGCAAGGAAAAACUCUCUUCUGUUUGUAAAAAAUCAGAUGUCAUGGCUCCUACUGAGCCCCCACAACUUCCUGGAAAAUGUCCUGAAUCAAAAGGGCAUAAAUCUUGGAUACCUUUCCAUGGUCACUGCUAUUACUUUGAGGCCUCAAGGAAAAGAAGUUGGUCUCAAGCUCAUCAGGAAUGUGCCCAACUAGCUGCUAAUUUGGUAUCAGUAGGAGACUAUACUGAAGCACACUUUCUGUCAGACACCAUUAAGAUACUCCACGGAAAGUCAGCGAACUUUUGGAUAGGGCUGAAGCAAAAUGACAGAGGUCAGUGGGAAUGGACAGACAAAUCUGCAAUGGAGUUUGUCAACUGGGAAAUAAGUGAGCCUUCAAACAACAGGCGUAAGAAGUGUGGAGAAGUAUUUGCAUUGUCUGGCUACUGGAACACCAAUGUCUGUUCUUUCAAAAAAGGAUAUAUCUGUAAAAAACAAAAAACUCUUGAAAACACAGAGAUUUCACCAGGAAAUACAGAAGGGAAAAUGGAGAAAGUACUUUCUGCCAGCAUUAUUUGGCUGUUCAUUCUUCUAGCCUUUUCUGUAGUUGGAGCUGGAAGUAUACUCUAUUUCUACUUGAAGAAGAAAAGACAAAACCUGCUACAUUUUUCAACUAGAAUGAGUGGAUCAGAAGCAACUAUGGACAUCCAAGAAAAAGAGGCACAUACUGACAUGUAGUCUGACAAAAUACCCAUAUGUUCCAACUAACAAAGGCUAGUCCAUGAAUCCACAAAAUCUUAUGCCAGCUUUGCAUAUUUCUACCCAGAUAAUAGUAUUCUCUCUUCAAAAAUAUAAAGUUCAUAGAUUUAUAUAAAUGUGCACAAUUCCAAAGUUCCCUCAAAAGUGUUAGAGACUAUUUUUGUUUAUUUAGUUUGGGGAUUAUAUACACAUUUUUCACAUAAAUGUGCACAGCUGAAAAAUUGGCUGCAGAGGUGUUAGGAGGAAACUCAAAAGAUACUUACUAUGCAAAAUAUUUUUUUUUUAACUGAGUGUAGAUUCUCCCUUUGGCUCCUAUCUUUCCAUUAUUUUUUCCUGCUGUAUUGCUUCAGUGUUAUCUAGUGUUUUAUUCAUGUAAAAGAUAUUAUACCACGUGCAUCGUGAAUUAAAUAUGAUUUCCUUAAUAAAAAAAAAUAGAUGGAAAGAUGGAAAAAAAUUAAAACACUCCUUUAUUCUUAAUUCUAGUCUGAAGUUUGGGAAUAAUUAUGCCAUUUCCUACAGCCUUGCACUUUUUUAUUAUUCUGUAAAUAUCAACAUUUUAAUGCCAGGUUCAAAUUAAUAAUAAUAAUGCAACAGUAGAUGAUCUUUCCAUUGAGUUUUAUUUCAGUAAUAAUGCUUCGAGUAUACAGUGAUGCCCCUUUUUAAAACCAAGCAUAUAUAAUAAAUGCCUGUGUUAUAUAACUCUCCAGUUAAAAGAAAGAAAAUCCUGUUGCAGCUUUGAAAAUAAACUCUUCAAUAUUUUUUUUUUUUGGUUAUAAUUUCAUUUGCUAAUCAUAGAAUCAUAGAAUCACUAGGUUGGAAAGGACCCACUGGAUCAUCGAGUCCAACCAUUCCUAACAAUUCCUAAACCAUGCCCUUCAGCACCUCAUCCACCUGUCCCUUAAACACCUCCAAGGAAGCGACUCAAGCACCUCCCUGGGCAGCCUCUGCCAGUACCCAAUGACCCUUUCCAUGAAUAUUUUUUUCCUGAUGUCCUGUCUGAACCUCCCCUGGUGGAGCUUGCAGCCAUUACCCCUUGUCCUGUCCCCUGUCACUUGGGAGAAGAGGUCAGCACCCUCCUUUUUACAAUCUCCUUUCAGGUAGUUGUAGAGAGCAAUAAGGUCUUUCCUUUAGGAAUGCUUAAGUUAGUUUUUUUUUCAAGGGCUGUCUUAAAACACGGGGCAGCCCUGAUAACAUGUUUCCUUCUAAGCUUUUAGGCUUUCAGUUUUUUUCCCCUGCAUGCCUUUUCUGGAUUGCUGGAUGGACACAGAUAAUUGUACAACUGUGGCUAAGUUCGUGAAUAAGUUUCACCAAUCACAGAUAUAGAAGGAUGUCUAAAGAGUGUAUGGUUUUUCCCUUUAUCAUAUAUCUGUGUGAUACUAAUUAAACAAGAGACCUAGGAAAAAUCAAACCAAACAAAAAAAAAAACCCACCCAAACAAAAACAACCAAAAAACAACCAAAAAUCUUUCCCUACAGGUUAUUUUAAAUAGAGUUAAAAUUUAGUAAACCAAAAGUAAAUUUUACAAUUAAUGUCCUGAGAACAUUAGUAAAGCCCAGAGAUAAAAGCCUUAUAUAAAAAGAAAUUCCUUGAAUUAAUAUAAUAAACCCUGCAAAAGCAACUCCUGUGACAAAGAAUAAGUCACUGUUGUUUUCAGGAGGAAAUAGGAAAUAGCUGAGGGAACUUUGCACAAAACUGUGUAGAUGAGAAAAACACCACCUGCUUCCCAUGGAGACAACUAGAGAAAAAAAACUGUUUCCUGAUAUGGGCUACAGAAACAUGUGAAUACAAAGUUACACUUGCAUUUUGGAUGAGUAAAUAGUGAAAGUGCUUUUCCUGUUCUGUACUUAACAACAGUAUAGGCUGCUGGAUCCUAUCAUAUAUAUAUAUAUAUAUAUGCACACUUUAGUAAAUGUGAUAAACUACUGUUACCUUUCCCAAAAGAAAGAAGGAAACGUCUAAUAGAAGAGACUACAUUUUUUAAAGUUAUUUGUAAGUUAACUGUUAAAGUUGGGAGCUCAUAACAGGAGUGUUCUAGUGAUCAAAUUCAGCAUACUUUGGACCUUCAGAGAAGGAGCAUGGCUGGUAUCACCACCACAUGGGAAGCACAGAGAGCUCCAGAGCUGGGCUGCUUUACAUGCUAGCUAUCUGCAUCAUCACCUGUAGUCUUCUGACGCAGACACGUUUUUAUGUACAGAUGUAUUGUAGUUAGAUGGAACAUCAUGCAUGAGCAAGAAAUAGACAGGAUCACAGCAAAUUAGGCAUAAGCUAUGUUAGUGAUCCCCUUGCAAGAAACUGAAAUACCACAAAGGCUGAUCCGAAGGCCUCGACUGUUACAGAAACGUGAAAGACAGAGAGCGCUGUCAUGAAAACAGCAGUGAAAAUGGGUGAGGGCAGAGCGACCCAAAACAGUGGUACUCAUACCUGGGAAAAGGGCUGAGAGGAGGGCCACAGCCCUGAGCAAACCUGAUGUGUCACAAAGGCACUGUCAUUGUUAGAUGUUGCUUGCAGCGCAGGACAGCAUUGCCAUAGGUCAUUCAAUCUACUGAGCCGCAAACAGCUGAACAGCCAGCAUGGCAGAGACCAAUGCAUCUGAACACUGACUCCUCUGUGCUUGUGUUUUGGACUGGGUAUUGGAUAUGACUAAGAUAUUGGCCACAAUCCUCAUGUAUUGCUCAGACACAGAAGAAGGCUGAAUUUUACUUGUUUAAACUGCACAGGGCAGAAGAGACCCUUAUCCCUUUCAUUGUUUAAUCCUGUUGUUUCUUCCCAAGUCAGUUGUUUGCAUGUUUCUCUUUUCAAAAAAUCCUUUAUGCUUAAAGCCACUGUCAGUUCAGUGCUUGGGAUAAGAAAAGCACUGCUUAUUAUGACUGCUUUGGUUUAAAUUAGCUUCAGAGUGGAGAACAAAAGACAUCCCAGAACUGUUGCCAGUUUUUUUACUGGCGUGCAUACGUAUUUGUGUAGGAUUUUUCCUCUGAUUUUCUUAAUUAAAUAAAUCCUGACUUUCCUCACCAGUUUCUGAAGGACACACCACUUCCUCUGUAGCUAGACUGCGAUCAUUUUGUUAUGGGCACAUGUAAUUCAGUAACAGAAAUACAGAAACCUUCAUCUUCUUGCAGCCAAAGGAAAAGUUUUAUUUUUCAGCUGUGGUCACAGAAGAGUUGGCAUCAUAUAGUGUUCAAGGGAUGUAUGGAAUUACAACUAAUUUGUUGUCUCAAAAUCAAGUCAGUCCUUGGCAAACUAAUCUUUUCAAUUUUGUAUGCUCGUUUGGUUUUGCAUAUGUUAGAACAUUUUGUUUCUGAUACUACUGCUACACAAAGGACUAAACUGUUGACAGAAUGGAAGAUUUUAGUAUAGACAAGACUGUCACUGCUGGCUGUGGUUGGUUUUAUCUGUAAACUUUCCUGGUUACAUUUAGCUGAGGCCUAUCCAGACAAUCAUGGCCACGUUGGAAUGCCUUACAAGAGAAAGACCAGCUGUAGCAUCACAGUGAAUAGUGAGCCCCUGGAGAUAGCAAAUGCACUACCCCGAGUAAUAAAACCUAGUCCUCACGCUUUCGACCCUUCUGGUAUCAGUCAAACAAUGAAUCCAAAAAGCUAUCACAAAAAAUUUUGUCUUCUUGUUGCAGUCCAUCAAUUAUGUAUGCACUAAUUUUGUUUAAUUAAUUUAUAUUCUGCUAGCUGUCUGUUUAUUAAAGCCUUUAGAAGGUAUCAGUGGGCAUACAUCAGACCAGACCAGAUCUUGGCCAUGUCAUUUACAUACGCUUUAUGAACUAUACCAGAUUUUUAACAUGCAAAUUCAUUGAUGCAUUGUAAAAAUAAUUUUCAGUCUUUGGAGUAUUGUAAGCAUUUUAAACAUUAAGAAAAACAGAAGUAAAUUGUACCCGGUAAUACUUGAAGGCUUUUUUCCAUUACUUACAUAUUACACACAAAGUAAGAUACUGGACACAUUUUCACACACUCUUUUCCUCAUUUAUUGUGAUAUUCAUUUGCAAUGAGUACACCGUCUCUUCCAUACAUAUUCUCAGUGAUCUAAGACACCUGAAGGGGAUGGAAUUAAUCUCGCAUUAUGCAGAUCUGUAAAAUGUAGACAUAUCUAGAAAAAAUAACUUACCCAAGGUCCUCACUGUGGUGAACACAGAGAAAUAGGCACAUUGAGGUUCAAUUACUUGAUCCACUCUAGAGACUGAUGAGAACCUCUAAACUCUCACCGACACAGAGAAAGCCCAAACCAAUUAUCUCCCAGUAACUGAGUACUGCAGAAUCCAGUUCUUAAUGAUAGCUUAUGCAAUCUGACACAGCACACACUAAUUGUAUUUUGUUGAUUGCCUUUAACAUCAAUAGCUCCAGAAAACAACAAUCAACCAGUUCCGGUAGAUUUACACCACACACCCUCCAUUUGAAAAGCAUUACUUUUGGAAACAAAGCUUCUGUUGAAUAAAAAAUUUCUGUCAAUUUUAUUUUUCUUAAUAAUUCAUGUGAAAUAAACUCCCAAGGCAACCAUUUGCCUUUGCACUCUGGUGAGCACUCCCCAGCCCAGUUCCAGAAUGUGUGAGAAAUUAGUGAAUUGUGCCUGCUUAUAGCCCUGAUAAAAUCUCCGUAUUUAAAGUACACCCAGUUCUGCUUCCUUUAGCAGCAGCUGAUGUGUACAGUACACCAGUGAAGGCUUAGGCUUGAGAAGGUUAAGUUGUUCUGGGGAUCAGAAAUGAACACUGCUGCUUAUAUCUCCAUCACUGAUGCAUAUAUCUGAGGAAGAAACACAGAGAAUAAAAGUCUUCUAUUAAUUUCUGUUUACUAAGAAUUUUUCAAUUUUUAUUUCAGCUAAAUCUGCCCCAAAUUUAUUUUUAAUUUCUGUAAGCCCCAUUUCUGUUUACUGUAUCAUAGCUUUAACCAUAAAGAAAUCAGAAAUAUCGCUUAAUCAUCUUA